GUCUGGACACACUUUCAGAUAUUCACCCAUUCCUUUAAAGCCGCCAUUUUGUCUGGCUACCAUUAAAGCGGAUUCGUAUUUUCUUACUAUUCAGUCAUGGUUGUACUCGCAGCGUCCAUAUGCACCCGCGGGGGUAAGGCAGUUCUUUCGCGCCAGUUCCGUGAGAUUGCUCGCUCUAGGAUCGAAGCUUUGCUCGCAUCCUUCCCUAAAUUGGCAGAUUCUGGCACCCAGCAUACCACCGUUGAGCAAGACAAUGUCCGCUUCGUGUAUCAGCCCCUGGAUGAGCUAUACAUUGUCCUGAUCACCAACCGCCAAUCGAACAUUUUGCAAGACAUUGAUAGCCUUCAUCUCUUUGCCCAAGUUACCACCAGCAUUUGCAAGAGCUUAGAUGAGCGGGAGAUUGUGCGCAAUGCUUUCGAGCUACUCAGCGCAUACGACGAGCUGGUAACACAGGGGUACAGAGAGAAUUUGACACUGUCACAGAUCAAGACAUUCUUGGAAAUGGAGAGUCACGAGGAGAGGAUACAAGAAAUUAUUGAACGGAAUAAAGAACUCGAGGCGAGUGAGGAACGUAAGAGAAAGGCGAAGCAACUGGAGAUGCAGCGAAAGGAGGCAGCCCGCACCGGUCGUGCCAUGGCUCCGCGAACCCCAUCUUAUCCCGUGUACACUCCUCCGUCACGACCUGCCAUGCCUGAUUCCUACGAUUCCUACGAAGCCGAGAAGAAGAAAUCAUUUGCCAAGCCAUUGCCGAUCAGAGGAAAAGGCAUGCAGCUCGGCAAGAAGUCAAAAUCUACGGACAUAUACGAGAAAGUCCGCGGUGAUCUGGGCCCUGAAGUUGAGGAGUCUAGCCCACUAGUUACCCCGCAGGCCUCAACCCCUAUCGUGGGGGAAACUUCCUCCGCGCGGGCCUCUUUGUCUGCCGAUCGGGACCCUAUUCAUGUUACUAUUGCGGAAACAAUCUCUGCCAGUCUUACUCGCGAAGGUGCUCUGAAAUCCUUCGAGGUCAAAGGCGACCUACAGCUCCGCAUCUCUGAUCCAUCAUUCACCAAAGUCAGGCUUGAUCUCGCUACCAGCUCUACCCAUGGAGCUCAGUUCCGUACACAUCCAAAUGUUGAUAAGGCUGCCUUCACCGACUUAUCAGCUAUUCAAUUAAAGGAUUCAACCAAGCGAUUCCCAGUCAAUAACUCAAUCGGUGUCCUACGUUGGCGCGUCGCUAGCUCUGAUAACACAGACAUCCUUCCCAUCACAUUCACCGUCUGGGUGAACAGGGGAUCCGAUUCUACCACUGUCACUGUUGAGUACGAGCUUACCGGCUCAGACGCUCUGCGGGACGUUAUUGUGACUAUCCCAUAUGGUGAGACAGAGCCAUCUGUAUCUAGUUUCGAUGCUGUAUACGAAGUGACCGGGGAUAGCAUCGACUGGAACAUCGGAACAGUGGAUGAAAGCAACGCGACUGGAAGCUUCGAGUUUGAGUCUACAGGCGAUUCUGACGAAAACAUUUUCUUCCCAAUGAACGUGCGCUUCUCCAAAACCAAUCCUUUCGUUGACGUUGAUGUUACCGCUGUCUCUCUGUUAGAGAUGGGUGGCGAAGAAACCGGAUUCAGCAAGGAGGUGAAGAGCAUUGCUGAUGGUUAUUUGAUCAAGUAAUAUGGUUUCGGGUGUAUAGAGUAUUAAUGAUGUUCGGAUUGCCUUCUUAAGAUUUUAUCACCGCGAAUUCCUCUAAUUCUGUUGUCCAGGGCCCUUUUGUUUUUAUGCUCCUCAAUAAAACCCAUCCUUCCCGUCUUUCUCAGCUAGAGUUUCUUUGGACAUUGGCAUUAAAUCUGUGUACUUGAUGAGUAAGGGGGCAGGGCGUUAUUCCUUGGACGUCCUAGAAUCUACUCUUGGACAUAAGCAACUAUGAAUCAUAUUUCCACCUACCUCUAGGUUCGUCAAAGGGGCAGAUUGACUUCAUCUAUAAUUAAUUCCACUGUUCUUGGUCAUUUGAGGGGAACACAGAGUCCUCUUUUGAUCCCACCUUUCCCUUCGUUAUUAUGGUAUUGAUUUCUUUUUUCCUUUUUUUAGAACAAGAAGAGAGUGAUAAAAAAGGAAAGAAAAGGAAAAAAGAAAAAAAAAAAAAAAAA